AUGCAUACUGCUGAAGCGGAGGCAACGGACCCUCAGUUUCGACUAGCAUUGGAAUGUGUCUACGAAGCAUUGGAAGACGCAGGGAUGCCAAUGGAGUCACUGCGCGGAUCUUCAACAGCUGUAUAUGCCGGGCUCUCGGGCACAGAUUACGCCAACGUGGUGACACGCGACGCUCUGCAGGUACCUUCAUAUGCAGCUACGGGCACACACGCGAAUAUGCUCUCCAAUCGUAUUUCUUACUUUUACGAUUGGCGGGGGCCGUCCAUGACCAUUGAUACAGCCUGUUCAUCAAGCUUAGUGGCACUGGACCUGGCUGUACAGUCCCUAAGACGUGAUGAGUGCCAAAUGGCAGUAGUCUGCAGUUCAAAUCUGUUGUUUGAUUCAGAUAUUUUCACUACGGCGGACAACCUGGGCUUGUUAUCACCAUCAGGACGAUGCCACUCAUUUGACAGCAGAGCAAAUGGCUAUGCGCGUGGAGAAGGCGUCAUUGCCAUCAUCCUCAAAGCAGUGGAUUUAGCAGUAAGAGACGGUAAUAAAAUCCGCUGCGUUGUCCGUGAGACUGGCAUCAAUCAUGAUGGAUACAAGGCCGGUAUAGCACUACCGACCUCGGCUGCUCAACAGUCCUUGAUUGAGAUGACUUACGCAAGGGCUGGAUUAGACUCUCGAAAAGCCAGAGACCAAUGUCAAUAUAUCGAAGCACAUGGAACAGGUACUCGGGCAGGGGACCCAAUAGAAGCUGAAGCUCUAAGUCAUGCUUUCUUUGGUGAUCCCAACGACAGCAACAACCACCUUGCGAAACAUUCCAUUUCUUUGGGUUCCAUCAAGUCAGUGGUGGGCCACUUGGAAGGCUGUGCUGGACUUGCUGGAAUUCUCAAGGCUUCUCUGAUGACACAACAUGGGGUGAUGCCACCCAACUUUGAUUUCAAACAAUUGCACGACGAAGUGAAGCCAUUUUCCGCCAACUUUGAGAUGCUUCAAAACGCGAAACCUUGGCCAACCUUGCCGGACAGCGUCCCUAGACGGGUCAGUGUGAAUAGCUUUGGCUUCGGGGGCACCAACGCCCACGCGAUCAUUGAGGAGUAUCUACCAGACACCAAUGAACUCAAAGCGACGUCAAUCAACAGGGAGGAGGUUGGGAGCGGAGUUUUGCCGUUUGUGUUUUCCGCAGCAUCGCAAUCCAGUCUUCAGGCGAUGCUAGGCUCCUAUUCAAAACAUCUCAGAGACAAUAAGCAAAUAUCGCCACGAGAUCUUGCUUGGACCCUGAGUACCCAGAGAUCGUGUUUACCUUAUAGACAAUACUUUCCGGCUUCGAAGACGGAGGAUUUGGCCAAGUCAAUCGACCAAGCAAUCUCCGCACAAUCAUUUGCACCAAAACGCUUUCAGGGGAACCACGAUCCUAAGAUUAUUGCCAUAUUCACAGGGCAAGGAACAGAAUGGAAUAGUAUCCAAGAGCUUGUGGCGGCGUCACAUAUGGUACAGAGCAUAAUUUCCGAUCUCGAGGCCUCACUUUCUUCUCUGCCUCAGACUCACCGUCCUUCAUGGUCGCUUAGGGAACUAUUGCUUGCAGAGAAAACAGAUGCAAGACGACGAGAAGCAGUGUUCUGCCAAACUAUCAAUACCGCCUGCCAAAUCAUUCUCGUGGAGCUCAUUCGCUCUGCUGGCGUGAGAAUGACAUCCCUGAUUGGUCAUUCUUCGGGGGAAAUUGCCGCCGCAUAUGCCGCUGGGUUCCUGAGGAGACAUGAUGCCAUACGAAUCGCCUAUUAUCGUGGAUUUUUCGCAUCUCAACAAGUAGAAAAGGGUACCAUGCUGGCCGCAGCUCUUCCAAUGGAUCAAGCGGUAGAACUUGUCAAGUCCAAAGUUUUCGGAGAGAAUGUGGAAGUGGCUGCGGUGAAUUCAAUUUCUAGCACCACGCUUUCUGGAUCCGUCGGCGCUAUCGACUCAGUCUCUGAAGUUCUUAGAGCUCUGAAGAUACGAAUCAAGAAGCUCCCAGGUAGCGUGCCUUAUCAUACGCGCCAAAUGCGAAGAUGCGCAGGACUAUACCUGGAGGCUCUUCAAAACCUUGAUAUUCAAAUUCAGUCCCCCACAGAUGAAUCGCCUACCUGGUAUUCUAGUGUGGAAGGCUACGAAGGGUUGGUAGCUGGCGAGAGUCUGCGCGCCCAGUAUUGGGUAGAUAAUAUGACUCAUCGCGUCCGCUUCGACAACGCUUUAUCACGGGCUAUGCUCAAAGAGAGAUCGCCCGAUAUUGUGCUAGAGUUCAGCCCUCUGGUAGUUUUAAAGAGCCCAACCUUGGAGCUUAUUGAGAGCGUUACAAUGAAGAAGGGCCUGUAUCGGGGAGUGCUUGAUGGCGACAGGGAAAUCAACUCUUUAUCCGACACUUUGGGACUCAUCUGGCUACAUGCUAGACCACAAACACUGGACUUCUCACGAUACUACAAGGCCAUGAGCGAUUCGUCUAGUGUCUUACCGACUUCUUUGGAUUACAUGCCAACCUACCCCUGGAACCAUGACACGGUGUUUUGGACUGAAUCGCGUGUAUCAAGGCUUGGUGGCUCACGCCAUGGAGGACGAAAUGGCCUGUUGGGUGUGAAAAGCCCAGAGACUACCGAGUCCGAGAUGCGCUGGACAAAUGUUAUCAAAACUCUUGAAACUGGAGGAUCUUGGCAUUCCGAAGAGUCAAAAACCCCCGUGAUCCCAUUCUCGAUUGCGUUGGCCAUCAUUAUAGAGUCGAUAAUGGGAGCGGGUCAAGACCGCCAAGUGGCCGAGAUUAUUAUAGAGGGAUACGAGGCUCUGCCGCUCAAGCGCCAUCAAUCAGACAACAGAACAGUUGAAACACUUGCAGUACUAAGCAAUUUGUCCUUCACGGAAUUGAAGGCAUCAGCUACGAUUGUUUGCCACGCAGCUGCCGGCAAUGAUAUUCGCCCUCUCCAAUUGUGUUUCAGCAGCAGAGUCGAGUGGCACUUCCAACCAGAAUCUCAGACUACGAUGCUCGAGAAUUCCACUGGUCAAGAAAUCCAGCAAAGUACCAAAGGCUGGGUACUCAAACAAAUGGAAGUGGAAAAGGCCUUGGAGUCAGUUAUCAAGUCAUAUGGACUUGGCCAUGGACGAUUUGCGCCUGAAAGGAUACAGAGCGUCUUAGUCCGUCCAGCACCACUGGAACAAUCGUCAAUCUCUCAUUCGCCAUUCAAAAUAUCCAUACAAGACUAUUCAUCUCUGGAGAAGUUGAGAUUUGAUAUCUACGAUUGUGAUCACGUCCAGCCUGUUAUCCAAGUUCAAAUGCUUUCCCAAGAAUCACGCCCACAUCGCCAGCUCACAUACAGUGCUCGAACUGAAGUGAUAGAUACAGUCCAACAACAGAACCUGACAAUCAGAGAUGAGAUAAUGAACGCAUCUGAUGAGAAAUUGGCGACUGAGGUCCUUUUUCGUUCACUGGUCCGUUUUUUGACUGAAAGUACUCAUCUUAGGGACUGCGACUCCAGUGCUUUGCAAAACACAUCGUUUAUUGAUUUAGGCGUCGACUCUCUAAUUGCGAACAUGAUUCGCUCUUGGUUCCUGGAGGAACUAUCAUACCCACUCACAUUGAGGGAUAUUCUUACUGGUGCCAGCGCUGCGCAGCUUGCGAGCAAUGUCGCCUGUAUAAUGCUUAACGAGGAUCGAUCCUCGAUUGCUGGCACGACCUUGACUAUGGACGGCUCUGGCUAUCACGAUCUCACAAAUACAACAAUCCCGUCGGGCGAUGGCGUAGAACCCUUCCUUGACAAUGAUCUUGAUGAAAAACAAAGUUUUCAACAUGUGAUGCCACUGUCAUACGCGCAAUCGGUUUACUGGUUCAGCCAUAGCUAUCUCUCCGAUAAGACAGCAUUGAACGUGGCAUUCUACUACCAUCUUUCUGGUCCUUUAAACGUAAGCAAACUGCAAAAUGCUAUGGCUGUCAUGAUUGAGAGACAUGAAGCACUUCGCACUUGCUUCUACACCACUUCAGAGGACGGACAUCCUGUUCAGGCAAUUCUACCUCGAUCUAUUGCAAAGUUACAACACGGCCAGAUUCAAAGCAAGCAAGAGUUGAAUGACACGUUUGAGCAACUCAAAAAUCACGUCUACGACCUUGCAAAGGGGGAUGUCUUCAGAGCCAUCUUGUUGAGAGAAUCGGCAUCCUCACAUUACCUUCUUUUCGGAUAUCACCAUUUAACCAUGGACGGUUUCAGCUUUCAGCAAAUCUUUUUCAAGGAACUCGAGAAGGUCUACAUGGGAAUUGAUUUAUACACUUCACCCAUCCAGUUCCGUGAGCAUGCCACGGCCCAGCGAGAGGCUGUUCAAUCAGGAGCUCUAGCCAAGGACAUACUGUUCUGGAAGUCCAAACUAAAGGACUUGCCACAAUCGCAACCACUAUUCCCUAUGACGCGCUCCAGUGUCCGCGAGAGUUUGACUCAUUACGAAUAUGAAACUAGCCGUCUAUGUCUGGAUGUUGACCUCACAUCUCGGAUUCACCAAUUAUGUCGCAAGAAUCAAGCUCUCCCUUUCCACUUCCACCUUGCGAUUUUGAGCACCCUCCUGUUCCGAUUUCUCAGGAUUGACGACAUUUGCAUUGGCGUGGCAGAUUAUAACAGAGUAAAUGGUGGCGACACCACCGUCCUUGGUCUACUGCUAAACUUUCUUCCACUCCGCUUCCGAUACGCUGGAGGAAAUAGUACCUUUAUAAAUAUACUAAGACAAACUCGAGAAGAAAUGUACGAAGCUAUGGAAGCAUCUAGUGUACCAUUUCAGCUUCUAUUAGAGGAACUCAAGGUUCAACGGUCAUCCAAGUAUACGCCAUUAUUCCAAACCUUUGUCAACUACCGGUCUCAACAUGCCGAAUCACACAAGUUUGCCGAUUUGGAGGCCCGAAGUGAAGAUGUACAGAUUACGAAGGCAGGCUACGAUUUUAGCCUGGACAUUUGUGAGAAUGCCUCUGGGGAAACAGAGAUUACGUUUCUCGGACAAGCAGCACUUCUGUCAUCGUAUGAUAUUUCGAUGUUAAGAAACAGCUAUGAGACUGUUGUGAGAGAAGUUGUGUCUCGUCCGGACGUGAUCAUGAGCAAGAGUGCAAUCUAUCACCCCGCUGAUGUAAACAGGGCACUAGAAGCCGGAAUAGGCACGUAUCUUAUUUUCCCUACCAUUCAAGGACAAUAUUCUAACCUCUAUAUUACAGGUGCCUUUCAGGAAUCUAUCUGGUGCGACACAUUAAUUCAUCAUGUCCACGAAAUCGUGUUGAGUGAUGGAUCGCGUUUCGCCAUUAAUGAUGGCAUCAACUCCUGGAGCUACGAACAGUUGGGAAUGAGAUACAAGUCCAUUGCAAUAAUUCUCAAACAGAAAGGUGUAUUGAAAGGAAACAGAGUGGCCGUGUUCCAGGAACCGGGAUGCGACUGGGUUGCUUCGUUGCUGGCCAUUAUGCAUCUCGGCGCUGUCUAUGUCCCUUUGGAUCAAAAGAAUCCAUUACCGCGGCUGAAAUCUAUGAUAGAGCUGGGAAGUCCGAAAAUCGUCCUUGUCGAUGAUACCACAAUGACUAAUGGCGCAGACUUGGGCUGCACACCGAAUCAAUUGAUCAACAUAUCGCACCUCGAGACACUAAGCUCGGUCGUUGCGCUCGGGGAAAUUGCAGCUACGAAAAGUCAAGAAGCAGUGGUUCUCUUCACCAGUGGCUCGACGGGCACUCCGAAGGGCAUCAGUGUCAGUCAUGGGAACUUACUCUGUGCCGUAGAAUCGUUCUCUCGACACUAUAACCUUGGCUCUGAAACCGUCUCUUUGCAGCAUACCGCUUAUAGCUUUGACAUUUCACUGGACCAGAUAUUUGUUGGUUUGGCUAAUCGAGGUCGCGUGCACGUGGCGCGCCGUAAUGUACGAGGUGAUCCUAAACAGCUUGCAGAAACGAUAGCCAAAGAGGGCAUCACCUAUAUCAAAACUACGCCUUCAGAAAUAUCUUUGAUAGCAAGGAGUGGUCUAGAAGCUCUCAAAGGUAACAGGAGCUGGACAUGGGCUUUCAGCGGUGGUGAACAGCUUCCUGACACCUUAUACCGUGAUCUCCAGGAACUGGGCUUGCCUCAGUUGCGGCUGUUCAAUGCGUAUGGGCCAGCGGAGGCGUCCAUCGCUGCAAAUCAUUUUGAAGUUCUCUCCUCCGGCACAGGUGUUGGCCCUAUACCAAUCGGCUCCCCACUAGAGAACUACUCAACAUAUGUGGUGGAUGAAGAUCUACAGCCAGUCCCCUCCGGCAUUCCUGGGGAGAUACUAAUUGGUGGGGGCGGAGUUGCCCAAGGCUACCUAGAUCAGGAGUUGACGAAGAAGAAGUUCUUGCCAGACCAUGUUUCACCUUCAUCUUUCCGCAAAAAUGGAUGGAAUCGCGUAUUCCGAACCGGAGACUUGGGAAAAUUGAACCAGGACGGCUCCAUGGUAUUCCUGGGGCGAGUCGAUGGCGACACACUAGUCAAGCUGCGAGGUUUAAGGAUUGAUCUAGGUGACAUUGAAGCUGCCGUGCUGAAAGCAUCAAACGGUGCUAUAGCCGAGGCCGUUGUCUCUGUUCGUGGUGAGCCUCAGUUCUUGGCUUGCCACGUUGUCAUGUCUCACACAUUUAAACUUGAUGACGAUACACCAGAUGUCCAACGUUUUCUGAGGACACUUCUGCCAAGGCUGGCUCUACCAGUCUAUAUGGUACCUGCAGUCAUAUUACAAGUUGAAGAGAUUCCCAUCACCUUGCACGGAAAACGAGACAGGAAAGCUGCAGCACUUCUUUCCCUUUCCCAACAUUCUGAGUUUACCCAUACUCCAGCGGUUGCUAGAAACAACAGUUUUAGUAAGACACAGACUGGGAUGGUCAAGCAUGAAGCUCCAGGAGCAGGACUCAGCAAGAUUGGGAUGAGGCUUCGUGAUCUAUGGAUGAGAGUUCUUCCAGGUGACUUGCUCACGUCGCGUGAGAUUGACGACAGCACGGGUUUCUUUGAAACAGGGGGCAAUUCACUCUUGAUCGUUCAACUACGCCAGCUUAUUAUGAGCGAACUCGAUGUUGUCGUCCCUGUUCCUGCACUGUUGGAAUGCCAGAACUUUGGAGAUAUGGUGACUUUGGUAAAGGACAGUUUAGAGAACCCAGAUGAAUGA